AUGCCCCGUGCCAAGAGGUACCACACUGAUGAAGAGAGAAGAAAAGCCAAUCGGGAGAAGAGUAGGAGGUACUACGAACGGAAUCGUACACUGGUUUUGUCCAAGCGAGCUUCAAGGAAGAAAGAUCCCGAAACGCGGCUUGCGCCUGGGAGGCCUCGAAAGUAUUUCACUAAGGAAGAACAGGAUGAAGCCAAAAGGAAUCAUGCAAGGCGUUAUUACGAACGUCGCGUGAAAAAAACCACUUUCAGUCUCAGGCGGGCUAUCAUGCCUCACGAUUUGAAGGAACCUGCGCUCCCUCAGUCCCUGCCUGAAUGGGUUACCCCUGCUCUCAGCAAUCCAUUCUCUCAACUUCGGGCUUUACAAACCACAUUCCGAAGGAUGACUUCAGGGAGCACGUUCGAGUUGCUAAAAGCAAUAGCUCUUCAGUAUCUGAAAUCACGGGAUACAAAUGUCUUUGACAAGGAGCUGGCAAAGUACAAUGAGCUCUUGAAGAAAGCCUCCUUAAUAGAGGACUGCGUGCUCACAAUUGAAGGCGUCAAAGCCCACCAAUCCGCCCGGGAGAUGACCAACGAUAUCCGUCGCUUUACCUUUUGGGUCGAAGAUUUGAUGAGUCAAGCAUUGAUUCACGGUUACGGAUACUUUCGGCAACUUUUUCACCAAGAGAAACUAGGCUUUCAAGUGGCAUGGAGGAGGAUAGAUAGCACGGCUCGCCUCCAAGAGGGUGAUGCUAUCACCACAGCAGCUGCCAAAACCAUGGCGUUGCGUUAUCCGUAUGGUCAAUUUUUGAGGUAA